UUCAUCAACGAGCGACCCCUCGUCCAAGUCGCCAGAACAACGCUCGCCAAACACAUUUGCGCCACCCGUCGACCAUGAGCAUCACCACAGCUUGAUGUUAGCCGCCGCAAACAAGCCACAACAGAUCUAGCAACUGUCUCGACACCAAAGCAUGCUGUGCCGUCGCAGCCUAUAAGUCGCCAUGAGUUCCAUGCUGAAGAAGACCGGCGGCCUUGCCUUCAAGCCGAAAGCCCUUAGCCGCCGCGGAGCGACUGGGUCGGCUGCGUCCACACAACCUCCGACUGCUGCGACUUCAACUGCAACCACCAGAGCGCCAACAACUGAGCCCCAGCAACCUACAGUUGAGGCACCUUCGCUGACACCGCCGGCCACGAUCUCAUCCAGUCAUGACAGACCGUCUACGACGAAAUCUAGUGUUGCUAGCGAUGAACAGGCACCACCGACGUCCGAUGCCCUCAAUCACUCCGUGGCUUCCCUAGCUCUAAAUGCACCAACGAGCAGUACACCUCGAAGUAUUGCACGACGACAAACUAAGUCUGCGCCGAGGACCGCAGAGGAUGUCGAAACUGCAGCUCCAGCUACUGUAUCUAGCGAGGGAGCUGGUGCUCUGUCUCGACCUGCUGGCGAAGGUCUGCAACCUACUCCACAGACAAGCCGCACUAUCGCAGACACCCGGCCGACGCCAGAUACUACCUCUGCAACGCCUUCCACAGAAGCAGCAGAGGCGACAGCAUCGUCAAGUGCAACAGAAGUACAGGAGCCUUCAGCAGCAGCGUCAGCCCCAAGGAAAAAGAGAGCAUAUACUCGGCGGAAGCCACGAGCCGUGGGGGAGAAUGGAGCUGGGGCCGCAUCCACCGAUGGGACAGCGCCACCACGAAAGCGUGCCCGGAGCCAAGGGCGUAAGCGGGCGACGACCGACGGUGAAGGCGCCACAGAAGGCAGCCAGGGCACCGACGGAGAAGCCAGAGCCACUCCCAAACCAUCCAAGCGUCGAAGGCGCUCUCCUACACCUGAUGACGCAGUCAACGUCAAGGUUGACCACACAGCUGUGAAAAUGAGCGAGCUGACCAGGGAUCUCGGUAUCGGCGUACCUUUCAAACAUGCCGAGGCAAUAGCCGAGCGGGCCCGAGAGGCGCGGAAUCGCGCAAGGCUACGAAAAUUAGAAAAGGACAAGAUACGGAUGGGGCUGCUACCAGAUCCGGGAGACGACAUACACGGAUCCCACAAGCGCGAUGCAGAUCAGAGCGUCUCCAAAAGCAGACUCGGCUCUAGUGCGCCGGAAGGCGGCAGUGGACAGGCACCGGAGGCGGCUGGACCGGGAUAUAUUGUGGUAGACGGCCAGAUCAUCAUCAACCAGCAAUCAUUGAUGAUCGACAACCACGCCUCGGCCGAGAACGACAUCUCGAACAUGAGGACAGUGGUAGAGGACGAUUUCACACACUUGACGACUUCGGCGAGUUUCAUGCGGGAGUCGCGAGUCAUGGGCGCCAACUCGUGGACGGAAGAGGAGACGGAAAAGUUUUACAACUAUCUGCAGAUGUUUGGCACCGACUUUGAGACCAUCAGCCACAUGUUCCCCGGGAAGAACCGGCGCAUGGUGAAGCUCAAGUUCAACCGUGAGGAGCGGCUGCGGCCGAACCGGAUCAAUGCGGCCGUCAUGGCGCGCAACGACAAGGACGUCAACAUUGACCUGGACCACUACAAGGAGAAGCGCACCAACUGGCAGGAGGCCGACGAGAUCCUCAAGGAGCACGACGCCCUAGUCGCGGAGCACAAUAUUGAGGUGCAGCGCCUCAAGGCCGAGCGCAGGGCGCAGGGUCUCGCUGACGACGACGAUGAUGAGGACGAUGUCAAUGGUGGCGCACAAAGCAAGAUUGUCGACAGCGACGCGACCACGACUAAGGGGGGAAGCACUGGUGGUGGUGCUACUGCUGCUGAUGACGAUGAUGAUGGGGAAGACCAGAACCAAGCAGGCCCCGACGAGCACAAUGAGCAGAGCCACGAAUUGCAUGCAUCAUCAACGGCAAUCGCUGCGGCGGCUGGCUGAGCUCCAACUCCACUACACCUGCUUUCCAGAGAAAUAAAGAGGGACGUUCACCCAGACACAUUGUCUCUCACACCCAGAGAUGAUCAAGAUGAAGAACACAGGGCCUUUGCAGAGAGGAUAGAUGGCCCGAUUAGCUUGUCACGGGAGCUAAGGCGAGAAACAAGAUUAUGAGGCGCAAUGCUUGACAUGCU